AUGGCUGACGUGUCGACAGCGGCGGUGGGGCACGAUGCGGUGGGCGCGCCCGGCGAGUCGAUGCGCGGCGUGACGGGCCGCGAGCCCAUCUUCUCGCGCGACGUGGGGCUGGACGAGGGCGGCGCGCUCUUCGCGCUGCCCGUGGACUCGGAGCACAAGGCCAAGCAGUUCAAAAUCUUCAGGUGCGCCACGCAUCCACCCUCGCAGCUGUUGACUCCGCGUCGUGAUGUGCCGUCGCAGUCCGAGAUGCGCCUCCUCCGCUUCUCCGCCUCCCGCUCUUAUCCGCGGCUCUCCACCGCGGAGUCCUCUCUCCUGCCGCCUCUGCGCUUUCCUCCGCGCAACCGCGCGGGCCCGCCGCCACUACUGCCGGUGAUUCGCGACAACCUCGACCUCACCAAGGCCGAGAUCGCCAACGCCGGUAUCGCCACUGUCGUUGGCGCCGUCGUCAGCCGUCUCGUCAUGGGCACGGUGUGCGACCUGGUGGGGCCGCGCUACGGCACGUCGUUUCUGCUGAUCGCGACGGUGCCGUGUGUGGCGGGCAUGGCGGCCGUCACCAGCGCUGCCGGCUUCAUCACGUGCCGCUUCUUCAUCGGCUUCGUGCUCGCCACCUUCGUCUCCUGCCAGUACUGGAUGUCGUCCAUGUUCAACUCGCGCAUCGUGGGGCUGGCCAACGGCACGGCGGCGGGGUGGGGCAAUCUGGGCGGGGGCGCGAUCCAGCUGAUCAUGCCGCUGCUCUACUCGCUCAUCACGGACGCCAUCCACGUGCCCGCCUUCACCGCCUGGCGCCUCUCCUUCUUCGUGCCCGCCACCGCGCAGACCUUCAUGGGGCUGCUCGUGCUGGUGCUGGGGCAGGACUGCCCCGACGGGCAGUACCUGGACCUGGCGAGCAAGGGCGUGCGCAAGAUGGACCAGCCGCUCAAGGUGCUCAAGACGGCCGUCACCAACUACCGCACGUGGGUCUUCGUGCUCACGUACGGCUACUGCUUCGGUGUGGAGCUGACUGUCGAUAACGUGAUCGCCGAGUACUACUACGACCGCUUCAACCUCAACCUCAACACCGCCGGGCUCAUCGCCGCGUCCUUUGGCCUCAUGAACAUCUUCUCGCGCCCCAGUGGUGGGAUUCUCUCUGACGUCGCCGCCCGCUGGUUCGGCAUGCGCGGGCGGCUCUGGAACCUGUGGCUGCUGCAGACGCUUGGCGGCGUGUUUUGUCUGACGCUGGGGUACAUGAACUCGCUGUGGUCGUCCACGCUGGUGAUGCUCAUCUUCUCCUACUUCUGCCAAGCUGCCUGCGGCGCCACCUUCGGCAUCAUCCCGUUUGUCUCUCACCGCGCGCUGGGCAUCGUGUCGGGGUUCACGGGGGCGGGCGGCAACGUGGGGUCGGCCAUCACGCAGGCCAUCUUCUUCAAGGGCGCGUACAGCACGGAGCAGGGGCUGACCUACAUGGGCGUCAUGAUCAUCUGCUGCACGCUGCCCGUGGUGGCCGUGUACUUCCCCCAGUGGGGCUCCAUGCUCACGGCCCCCUCGUCAAAGCCAUCCGCCACAGAGGAGGCGUACUACGCGGGGGAGUAUUCGGAGAAGGAGCAGGCCAAGGACAUGCACUCCAGCGGACUCAAGUUCGCGGAGAAUGCCAAGUCAGAGAGGGGCCAGACUGUGCCUGUCACAGAGGACCUGCCGCGGUGA